AGCUUGGCCGGCGUAGCCAGGGACAGGGACCGCAGGCCGCGACAGGCGAUACCUUCUGCUGGCCUUGUCCGUGUGUGUGUGCGUGCGGCGCGCGAGUGUGCGUGGGCUGGCAAGAGUGGCAAGAGUGGCGAGAAUCGCCAGAUUUGCAAGAUGAUGAGCAACUACGGCAACAUAAUGGACUCCCCGAAGUCAUCGCCCCACGGCGGCGGCCGAUCCCCCGUCGUCGCCCGGCAGGACUCCUCCGGCACCCUGAAGACGACCAUUUCGCUGGGCAAAACGCCCACGAUCAUCCACACGGGGCCGUUCUACUCGAUGAAGGAGCCGCCCGCCAAGGCGGAGCUCACCGGCGACAAGGAUCUCAUGACCGAGUACGGACUGCACCACACACUCACCAAGUUCAAGGAGAAGAAGUUCAAGGAGUCGCUGGCCUCCUUCCUGCAGAACAUCCCCGGCAUCAACGACCUCAUCACGCAUCCCGUCGAGAACAGCACGCUGCGGAGCGUGAUCGAGAAGCCGCCGAUCGGGGGCAAGGAGCUCCUCCCGCUGACCCCCGUCCAGCUGGCCGGAUUCCGCCUGCAUCCCGGACCGCUGCCGGAACAGUAUCGAACCACAUAUGUCACACCUGCGCGAAAACACAAAAACAAACACAAAAAGCACAAACACAAAGACGGCGUGACCACGGGACAGGAGUCUACGCUACUGGAUUCGGCCGGCCUGGAGACUUACGAGAAGAAGCACAAGAAGCAGAAGCGGCACGAGGACGACAAGGAGCGCAAGAAGCGCAAGAAGGAGAAGAAGCGCAAGAAGAAAAACCAGAGUCCGGAGCCGGGCGUUGGUUUGCUGCCAGGCGGAGGAGCGGGAUUGGGCGGAGCAGCGGGUGUAAUGGGUGCCACCAGCCUGGGAUCGCUGGCCGGAGGUCCGGGGCCCGGUUUGUCCAGCCUGGGCGCCAGCAUGGGACCCGGCGUUGUGGGCGGCAUGAACAGCUUCUCGUCCUCCAUGCAGAUGCAGCAGCAGCAGCAGCAGAUGCCCAUGCAGCAGCAGAUGUCAAGCGGGGGUCUCCUCGGAUCUGUGCUGGGCACGAGCGGCGGUCCGGGUGGCGGCGGUGGAGGCGGAGGCGGGGGCGGGGGUGUGGGGAGCGGCGGCGGCGGUGGCAGCCUGCUAAUGUCGCAGUUCUAGGCAGGAUCCUUUAGCAAAAUAGACUUGGCUCAUUACCUCUCAUCAGCAGACGCACCCCAGAUGGCAACACAAAUAAAACAAAAAAAAACGCAGACGAUCCUGAAGCGGUCCUCUAAAUGCAAUUUUCUCGAUAAAGUUUCGUGUCCUAGUUAUUAAUUUAUGAUUAUCGUAACUGUAAAAUAGUUUAUUUCUGUAAUUAGCCAACAAUUUUUCGUUCGUUUUUCGCGCUAGCUUAAUGAGAUUUAUUUAAACGCAAGUUAUGGUACAAAACGUUUUCGCUCUCGAUUCCAGCUCUUC